AUACAUUUGGCAACCACCUUGACACCCAAGGUAAAGUUAUAGAUAAGGAACUUGGGCUAAGAAACUUCCAGCAUACCGGUAAAGCUUUGUGUACCAUUUGGCAGUAUGAUAAAAUUUUUGGUAGACCUGUCUACUGUGAAUAUAUCGAUAAACAGCCAAUGCCUUUUUUGGAUGUUGUUUUUGAGAAAAAUGCACAUGAUA